GCUGUUACGUCACAGCUGUCACAACACACGAACCAGCCGUGUUGCCGCAUGCUGUGUGGUGAGAAAAAUUGGGCAAGCAAGGUUUUGUUACUUUCCGUCUCGCAGAUUCCACAAUCCCGCCACAACCGAACGCCAAAAUGAUUGCCCUAAGGACGGUGUGCCAGCUAGCCCGCGUCGGUCCGUUCACGCGCCCCAUCACGACCGGCGUCGUGCGGCAGGCGGAAGCCGCGGCUGCUUCGGCCGGAGGAUCAUCGGCAAAGCUCACGAUACCGGUGCCGGAGGGAACGGACAAGCCGGCCGAUCCGAAGCUCGCGGCCAUCGUCGACAGCAUCGCCACGCUGAACCUGCUGGAGGUGUCCGAGCUGAGUGCGCUGCUGAAGCGCAAGCUGAACCUGCCCGACACCGCCAUGAUGCCGGCCGGGUUCGGUGCGUUCGCGGGCGGCCCGGCACCGGGGGCGGCGGCAGCGGCCGACGAGGAGGAAGCCGCCCCGAAGGUGGUGAAGACGACGUUCAAGGUGAAGCUGGUCAAGUUCGACGAGAAGCAGAAGGUGGCCCUGAUCAAGGAGGUGAAGAACCUGCUCGAGGGCAUGAAUCUGGUGCAGGCGAAGAAGUUCGUCGAGAGUGCGCCGACCGUCGUGAAGGAGGACAUACCGAAGGAGGAGGCGGAAAAGCUAAAGGAAGCGUUCACAAAGGUGGGAGCGGUAAUCGAGAUUGAGUAGUGGAGGGAAGGGGGCAACAAUCGCGCUUUUAUUUAGCAUUUAAGCUGUUUAGUUGAAGUAGGAUUAAAUAAACGAACACAAUCUACCAACGGAA